ACAUCAUGGAGGCGGCCGAGAGUCUCCAUCUGCGCCAUGACUCCGUCCCGCGGACCCGGCGCUCCAGGGGGCCCCGGGGGUCCUGCUGAACCGGACCGGGACCAGGGGAACCUUCCAGAACCGUUUACCUCCCGAGCGAUGCAGCAGAAGCUCGGCUCCCGGAGCUCCUUCCUGCCAGAGAGGAACGGCCAGGCCUGCGGCGCCGUCUCCCCCCCGGGGGGGCCGUCCUGCCCCCUGCCCUUCCGCUGCCCCCGCUGCGGCGACCAGGAGCGCUUCCUUAGCAUAGCGUCGCUGCGCGCCCACCUGGAGCGCCGCCACUCGUACCGCCCGCCGGACGCUAGCCCUGCUAGCUUCAGCAUCACAGGAAAGCUUCCCGACCCGCUAACGGCCGCCACCAUCCCCUGGCACGACGACGCUAGCCUGCCGACCCGCCGGGGGCCCCGGGGCGCCGCCCGGCCCCCCCACAUCCGCUCCCUCAGCGACUGCCGCGACGGCGGCGGCUUCCCCCCCGCCUACGGUUCCGCCCACAGCUCCGCCCAUGGCUCGGCCCGGAGGCGGACGCAGAGCGUCGGCGUCGGGACGCAGGCGGAGGACGACGAGGAAGAUGAGGACGAGGAUGAAGAAGAAGAAAUGGAGGAGGAAGAGGGUCGGGUGGCGACGCUGGAAGAAGAGGAUGACGGGGGGGAGGAGGGGACCAGGACCCCCCCCAGGAAGUCGGACGCAGGACACGCCUUCAUCAACCACUUCCACUUCCCGUUUAACUCUCCGGUUCCUCUUGGCCGUCCCCCGGACCAGAACCGGGACCAGAACCCGGACCUGGAACUCGUAGAGCAGAGCGCUGAGACGGCGGCGGCCUCGGUGCGGCGGCGGCUCGCCAGCAUCCUGCGGGCGGCCGACGGCACCAUGCAGCGGCGGCUGGCCCGGGUCAGCACCGAGCUGGCCCAGACGGACACGGAGCUGCUGUGCGAGCGAGCUCACUCCCAGCACCUGGCCCAGGCCCGGCAGGAGGUGGCGGAGCGGGAACGAUCGCUCAGCCGGCAGGUGGACGUGGCCGUCAUGGUGAUCGCCGCGCUGAGGGAACAGCUGAACGCCUCGGAGAACGAGCUGGAGCGCCGGGAGAGGGAGGUUCUGACCAUCCAGAGGUUCCUGGAGGCGGCGGCCCGGCAGGAGACGAGCGGGAAGGUCCGGAUCCAGCAGUUCAUCGAGAACCUGCUGACCCGCAUCGCCCUGGCGGAGCGGCUGGUGGAGUACUACCAGGACGCCGGCACGCCGCCGCGCUGCACCCACCACCAGCAACAAAACAGCGGCGCCCACAGAAUCACUAAAAGCAGGUCGGCGGCGGGGCAGCUCUUCUCCUCCGGCCUCCCCGACACCAGAACCCAGUCCUUCUCCCAGUUCGGCGCUGGCCCUGCGUUCUCCAGAGCCGGCGGGAGUCGGGACCGUGAGCGGGAGCACCGCGAGCGCCUGGCCCAGUCGUCCCGGCUGUUCUGCCGGCCCGAACACAGAGACGACAUCUGGAACCACCAGCGCCGCCGCUCCACCGGCUACGAGGCCUAGCACGGCGGCGCAGGACCAGAGAGACGCCGCGGAGGCUUCGCUACACCGCGGCGUCGACCCGUCAACCACAGUCGUCCUGCAGGAACAUUCACAGCAAUACGCUCCGGAGUAAAGCACUUGAGGUUCUGACCCGACUGUCCCGGGUCAUUUACAUCAAUCAUGUAUAUAAACGCAGCCGAUCCGACGGGAAAAAGGAAAAAAAAAAACGCACAAAUGAAGCAAAAACCACGUUAGCGGUUAGCGGGGCGCCGGAACCCCCGGGCAAUAACGUCUUCUGACGGCACACCGGAGCGCCGACGCGGAGCCGACCGGGCCGAACCGUCUCCGCGGAUUAACGAGUCGUUAACUGUAAAUAAGAAAAUAGAAGAGCUUUUCGUCCUUUCUACACUCGUCAGCACAAACGUUAACGUUACUUUAAGUGUCAACUUUUACGUUCGACUUGUUUGAGAGGGAUUUGUUGGUGUCGGUGUUCAACGACCAGGAAGUUCAGUUCGUUACGGAUGAGUUGGCUCCGCGCGGAUACGAACGCUGCCGCGGCAACGUAGCUGAAGCUCGUGUCAUUGCCGAUUUUCCCUAAACCCGCUAGCUGUCGGACGCUCAGCGUGUUCGUUAAUGUGUAAUGUUUCGUGGACAUGUGUUAGCCACGCCUCUAAUGAACGCUCUUAAAAAAAAAACAAAAAAAACAUGAGAUUCGUAAGAAAUUACUGGCUGGUCUUCAGCUAGCUCGUCUAGAUUUGUUCCGCUAGGUCGGUUAACUUAACUUAUCUUCUGUCAAGCAAAUAGCCACACCCCUAAUUAUGCACGCAUUUGUGCACCUUUUUAGGGCUGCAGCUAACAACAACAAUUGACCCUUUAUCAGCCUUCUGAUUGGUCCCUGACUGACCAAUCAGAAAAAAUCAUUCUCCGUUGCUACAUCCGGUUUAUCCGGUUGGACCAAACCGCCGUUUCUCUCUCGUUCACAUCAAUGGAAAAAGUUUUUGCCUUGUAUCAAAAUUUAAAUCACUGGAUUAUUUUUUAAACUUUGUAUUAGUAAAAAUGAACACUUGCAGUGUUGUGAGGGUGCAGUGUAUUUUUAUCCCCAAACUUCCAUAACAAAGUCGGCUCGGCAAUAGCUAAAACCACAAAAAACUUUUAUUUAUCUUAAAAUGGUUAAACGGUGUGUAAAAGUUGUAAAAGUGAUACCCGCUACCCAGAGAGAAUCACAGGAAUACAUUUCCUCCCAAAACCAACGGUAAAUUACAAAAAAUAUCUGAAUUGGAUAAAACUACGUGGACGGCCACCGUGCUAUCAGCUAAACUGAUCAAAAUAUGUAGUUUUCGCCAAGAACCUCUGUUUUUUAAACUCACUCCACGGUACCUGAAGUGUUCCUUUUUAUUUAUAUCUAGUUGCUUUUGAUUUUAUUUGGUCCAAUCAUUGGAAAUAAAGUGAUGUAAAUGGAAGUGGACGGGAGAGAUGACAGUUUUGUCCGACCUAGCAACGGGGACGGGGCUUGACGAAGGGUCAAUUGUUAUAUUCAAUCUAGUGAUUAUUGGAGUGAUUCAUCAACUCGUCAGAUGGUGAAUUACACGACAACUUAAAUUAUCUCAUUUAGUUGUCGGAGUUUAAAAUACGCCUACGAAUAUUAAAGACGUGAGCCAGCUAGCAAUAAAACUUCGGAAACGGUUUCAAAAUGAUUCAAAGUGAUUUAUUUAACUUGGUGAUAAACAAACUUUGCUGCUCAUAAGACGAUAAAAACAAAGCUAAGUGGAGUUUAAACUCCGCUAUUUAAACUCUACGGUUCACCGGCACAUCUCACGUAUUCGUAGGCUACGAUCGCACAUCUGCUCCUAAAUGGUUAGCACAAAUCAAACAUUUAAGCGGUUUCUUAAAGUAAACGUACAAUUGAGCACCGGCCGGCAGCUCCGAGUGGUCGUGGAGAGUUUUAUCGAGUCAGUUUCUGAGAUGUUUAAGUCUCUCAGUGAGUGUAAAAGGGCCCAGUUCCCAGGUAUCCCAGCGAUCUACGGUGUAAACUUCGUAUCUAAAGAGGAAAAGAACGGACCUGUCAGUAAGCCCCGCCCCCCGACACGGACGAGCCAGUAGCUGUCGAGUAUCCGUUUGAACGUUUGAACGAAUGAAAAAAAUCAGAGGCGCUGCUAGCCGACAGCGGCGCCACGCAGUAACCAUGACAACACCGAGAUGACCUCACCUCCGCUCCAAUGUUGUUUUUCUAUUUUUACAUUUUCAACAUUUCCCUUCACGACACAUUUAAGACCAGUUGAAUGUUCAGUCUGUCCACAGACCGUAAACGAUGCUGAUCGAUUGAGGUAGCAACGGUAACUAAGGGGGGCGGGGCUUAUUGACAGGCCGCCCUCACGAGGAAUGUUUGCUUCAGUUUUGUGUGUUUUUUCAUGUUUUUUUAACGAUCCGCGUCCGACUGAGACAUCGGACUUUGAGUUCGGUCAUCUUUACACGUUUACGUCCGGAAGUGAAGGGAAACUUGAGUUUCAGCAGAAAAAUCAAACAAACAAACUCCGACCGAGUGUCUUUGAACCUUCAGACGUCCGACGGCGACCAGGCUGCUGCUGAUUGGGUAAACACUCGGUGACUUCUUCUUCCUGAGCAGUUCAUCGUCAUCUUCCCGAACUAUCCACUUCCUGUUGAAAUUUAAUUUGAGAGAGUGACCAUGUGCAAUUAAAAACAUAAAUGAAAACAUUUGAUUGCACUAGAGUUAGCCUUAGGCUAAUUUGCAUCUUGUAUCUAAUCUUCGGACAUACGGCCUAUUUAGACAUUAUCUAAAUAUGAUGCAGAUUUAAUUAUGAAAUUAGUCUUUCUAAGUUUAAAAGAUUCAGAAAAACAACCUCGACCAUGACACUUCCGCCGCCGUGCUUCACUCUUGAGACGAGGGCUUCGCUGCAGUUCUGGCUAGAUUUAUGCUUGGGAUGAACAAAUAAACUUACCCCAACAAUAUAUUAUAUUAUUAGUAUUAUUUUAUUAUAUAAUCUUAAAUACAAAAACGUAACAUGAGCAGAGAAAAAACAAGAUAAAAAGAGGAAAUAUAGUAAAUAAAACACAGAUGCUGAUCUAAUCAUAUUUGCUCAACAGCAGGUGUGGAGUCCAAUCUAAAAUCUGACUUUUCUUGCCUAAUUUGAUGCAAAAUCAUCAAUUACGUCAUGAAAUCUUUUGUUGGGGUAGAUUUCUGCAAGCUCGUUCUCACGGAUGAAAUUCAGCAGCUCAAGCAGUCGUGGACUUUGAUGGGAGAUAAUAUUAGCAGGAGGGAAAUUAAUAACCUACAGCCUAAUGUCACUCAGAGAAUUCUGCAGACCUUUAUCUUUUGCCCGUUUCUCCUCUUCUCUUUUUCUUUUUUUUCUGAACUGAGAACCUGAUGGCUUCUCUGGUCUUUUACUAAUUUGCUCCUUGAUGAAGAUGAAGAUGAAGAUGACGACUCGACAUUAGGGGCUGGGGAUGGAUUCAAAUGUCAAGAAUCAAUCCGAUUCUUAAGAUUCAGGAUCAAUUAUCACGAUUUGAUUCGAUGUGAUCUGAUAUAGGGAUGCCCCGAUACCAUUUUUAUUCACACCGAGUACGAGUAUUUUAAUUUGUGUACUUGCCAAUACCGAUUACCGAUACGAUACUUCUACCACAAGCUUACAGCAUUGGAAAACGUUCAGAAUGUUUGUGUCAUGUUUGUCCUCCUACAGAAACCACAUUAAAACAAAAAAUAUAUUUCCCUCCCCAUCUAUUUCCAUUUUCAAACAUUUUGGAAAAAGCUCCAGGAGCCACUAGGGCGGCGCUAGAGAGCCGUGGGUUGACGACCCCCGCACAAUGGAAACGAGUGAAAACUGGCGAGGUUUUUUUGUUUUGUUCUGUUUUUGUUUUUUUGUUUUUGUUUUUAGCGAGGGUGCACAAAAUUCUUUAUCUUCCUGAAGGGUCCACUUCCUGUUGAUUUUUGCAAAGGGAGGAAUUUGGUACCGUGACAGUCCCUCCGCCGUGCUUCACAGCUGGGAUGAGGUCGGAUCUCGCCAGGUUUUUACCCAAACAGCAGGAAAGCGGUUGGGGUUCGUCUGAACUGCAGCCCACCACAACCACCACUGCUGUACUAUAGUACUACUACAUAUGUAGCUGUCGUGUUACUGUGAAAGCAUGCUUCAUAUGUAGCAGGGAAGUGUUUAUAAAAUCCUGUGAUGUCGUCGUACUUUUGUAGCAGAGCGAGGUCUAUUUUAACGGUUUUCGACGGCGAGUUGCACUAAAGCGGCGUUGGGCUUCACGCGGACGGGCGGGUUGGGUGGCUGACAAUCAGCUACUGCUUCAGCCGGAGCUAAUGUUGUUUCUCAGACUUGAUUCUGUCAUCUGAGUCGUGCAAAAGUUAGUUUCAUGUCGUGUAAAAGUGUUCUCGCGGCCACGUCGGUAUCUUUUUACGUUGGUGGCGUUCGUCGUUAGGGGUUUCGUUUGCAGAAGUAAUCUCUAGUCUUUGUGCCUUCACUCGAGAACUGUAGUCUGUAAAAUGUGGUCCAAACUGUGAAGAAAACGAGAGAUUUUAGGUUGGAAACUGUCGGUGUUUGUGAUGCCCAUUAAAAACAGACAUGAG